ACCUAUUGCCGGCGACGAAAACAGUUGAUGAAUUGAAUUAGAUCAUCAUAGCCGAAGACAAUGGAAACAGAAGUUCAAUCUAAUUUCACUUACAUGGGAAGAACAUUUACCGGUCUCGGAAUUAAUGAAUCUUCCUCUGCUUUCAGCGACUGCAAUAGCGAUAGAUCCGGCGAGUUUCCGACGACUUCUUCUCAAAGCCGGCGGUUAUUAAUUGCAUGUGCGUCGGAUAAUUAUAACUCCGAUGAAUUGAUUCAACAACUCGUGUCUGAUCUCGAGUCGAAUUCUAUGGAUGUGCAAAAACAAGCGGCAAUGGAGAUUAGGCUCCUAGCGAAGAAUAAACCGGAGAAUCGUUUGAAAAUUGCUAGAGCUGGAGCGAUUAAACCGUUGAUUUCGCUUAUCUCUUCCACUGAUCUUCAGCUUCAAGAGUACGGUGUCACGGCGGUGCUGAAUUUAUCUCUCUGCGAUGAAAACAAGGAGCUUAUCGCAGAAUCAGGAGCGAUUAAACCGUUAGUUGGAGCUUUGAAAAUUGGAAAUUCAACUGCGAAGGAGAAUUCCGCUUGUGCUCUGCUUCGAUUAUCACAAAUUGAAGAGAAUAAAAUCGCGAUCGGAAGGUCCGGUGCGAUACCUCCAUUAGUGAACCUUCUAGAAGCCGGCAAUUUGCGCGGGAAGAAGGAUGCAUCAACUGCUCUGUUUUGCCUAUGUACCGUGAAAGAGAACAAAAUUAGAGCCGUACAAGCCGGAGUUAUGAAACCGUUAGUUGAAUUAAUGGCGGAUUUCAGUUCAAACAUGGUGGAUAAAUCGGCAUUUGUUAUGAGCGUUUUGAUAUCAAUGGUGGAAGCGAGGGCCGCGGUGGUGGAGGAAGGCGGAAUUCCGGUGCUGGUGGAGAUCGUGGAGGUCGGGUCACAGCGGCAGAAGGAGAUCGCGGCAGCGAUAUUGUUGCAGCUCUGUGAAGAUAGCGUUAGUUACCGUACUAUGGUGGCUCGAGAAGGCGCAAUUCCCCCAUUGGUUGCUUUGUCACAGUCGGGUACAAAUCGCGCCAAACAAAAGGCGGAGACACUGAUUGGUCUGUUACGGCAACCAAGAUCCGGUAACGCCGCUGCAACAACACCAGCCAGAGGUUCUGAUGUGUCGUUUUGAUUGUCUGUCAACCACAUGUUUUGUCUCCCUGUUUUGUUUCUUUGUUUCUUUCUUUUGUAUUAUAGCUACUCAAGAUAACCACAAAACAUUGUCAAAUACAAUGUAAAAAAAAUUUGUAAAUAUCUUUUAAACUUUGUAAAUUUUGGUUGUUUUAUUGGAUGUGUCUUUUU